UGAAUUAGAUGAUAUGGUAAGUGUUAUUAUAAUCUGAUUAGCUCCAAUGUUAAAACAUUCUUAGAUUUAUACUUGCAUGCAACAUUUUCGGUACAAAUUUUGAGAGAGGACGGACAGUAUGCUGAGUAAUUAAAUUUUUCUCUGAAUAACUGUAUAUUUUAAGCUAACUGAAGACUGAAAAUAAGGUUGUCAUUACUGUCUGUUCUGUUUCUUUAUUAUAUUUUUUUUAACAAAAUUCAUUAACAAUAUGAAGAAAACGAUAGAAAACAAGAACGAGUCAUCCAGCACCUAAAUCUGUCACUGAUUCAGCUUCACGAAAGGCAGUUUCUUAGCUUAAAUUUCUUAAAAAUUUUUUGAUUCAAAAUGUUUUUGAGUGACUCUAUCGGUUUUUAAAUUUAAAAUGACUACCGGCAAACUUUCUGACAUUAUUUUGAAUAAAUGUGAACGGAUCGCUCAUAUCAUCAAUUAAGGAGAAUUUUUUUUUCUUUCAUUUUAUUUAACGUAAUAUUGAAAAGUAGUAAUAAUACUGCUGCUAAUGUUUUCUAUUCGUAUGUUUAUUGUUUGUGUAGGAACGAGAUUUAGGCGACGAAUAUGGUUGGAAACAAGUUCAUGGCGAUGUGUUUCGUCCACCGUCAUUUCCGUUAAUAUUUGCAUCGCUCAUCGGAUCUGGCUAUCAAAUAGCCACCGUAGCUGUGUUAUGUAUUUCAAUGACAAUACUUGGUGAACUCUAUACUGAACGAGCUUUAUUGUUAAGUACAGCAAUGUUUCUUUAUGCUACAACGUCCGUCGUCAAUGGUUAUGUAGGUGGUAGUCUCUAUGCACGAAUGGGAGGAAAAUUAUGGAUAAAACAACUAGUGACAGGAGCAUUUUUGAUUCCGAUAAUUAUUUGUGGUGUAGCAUUUCUGAUUAAUUUUAUCUCAAUUUAUUAUCGAUCAUCGCGAUCGAUUCCGUUUACUGUAAUGCUAAGUGUUACAGCUAUAUGCUUGUUCAUUAUAUUACCAUUGACAGCUGUUGGAACGGUGCUUGGACGAAAUAUUAGUGGUCAUCCAAAUCAUCCAUGCAGAAUAAAUGCCGUGCCACGACCAAUACCAGAAAAGAAAUGGUAUUUUAUUUUUACGUCAUUUUGGGCUUAUAAAAUUUACUAUGUGUAUGGUUUUAUGCUGUUAGUAUUUCUUAUAUUGGCCGUUGUCACUGUAUGUGUCACUAUUGUCGCCACAUAUUUUAUGUUAAAUGCAGAAGAUUAUCGUUGGUAAGUUUGUUUGUGCUACCACUGAAGUUUUCAAGUAUUCUUACUAUCAUUUUGUAAUAUU